AUGGCACGGAUGGGACUCAAGGCCGAUGGAAUUGAAUUGAACGGACCCCUGGUGUUGUACUCGAUCCUCAAUUCCUACAGAAACGGAACUCAUCAGAAUGUGAAGUUUUAUAAAAAGAACAUCUUCAAAGUCGACAUGAAAAAGUAUAACACCACCGUGAUGUUUGGAGCCGAGCAAAUGGUAUUAUUCAUUUGACUAUGCUGAAUUUAUUUAACGGCUACUUAAGGUUACCCUGUUGACCCCCAAACUGAAUGAAAUGAAACAAGAAUCCCAUUUGAUCCUUUGUAGAUUCCCAUUGGAUGAGAAUGAGCCUAAUUGGAAGCUUGUGGGCUCAGAAGGAGAAGGCAUCGACGCAGCCUGGGUAUACAAAAAGAUCACGCCGAGUAUUAAAUCUUAA